AUGUCACCUAUCGAGCAGCACCCUCGGUCAAACACGAUAGGAGAUCCAAUACAGCUACAAGAACUCCAAUGUGAAUUGCCUGUCCUCAACGCCAAUACUGUAGAAAGACCUCUAACAAUGGCAUCUUCCACUGCUACUCUUUGUGGUUUGACUGAUUCGGAAGACGAUAAAGCAAAGGAAAGUGAUCCACUGGAAAACAUACCUACAACUAUUCCGGAACAUCCUCCAAAACCUUCUCGUCAAAGGAGCUAUACCACCACGAAUGCUCAACCGGCUACCAUCACGACCCCGUCCAUCCAACGUAGUAACACCGCUACCAAUCGCCAGAGGAGCUCAACCAUUGUUCAACCUACUCGUAAAGUCUCUCAGCGCCGAUACGAUAACGAUAGACCUCCUCCAAUCCCUGCUCCUGGUGAUGUUAUCUCAGUGUUCGAUCCGGCUUCCGCAGGAGGUGGAGGACCUUUAAAAAGAAUCGAGACUGCCAGAAGUGAGAGAUAUGAACAAGAAAAUAGGGAAAGGGCAGAGAGGGAAGCACAAGGUUUACCUCCUGAGGGAAAUGGUAUACUGCGUCGAUUUAGAUCACAUUCAAAUACUUCCAAAAGAAGACCCACUUUCGUAACACCUUUACCUUCACAUCCAACUCAUGACGAAGAAGAUGGUGGACAUUCAGAUGAAAUCCAUACUUCAAAUUAUAGAUUCAAGAAGCAUCAACCAACUUUAUCACCCACGCAUUCGAGAAAAUCUUCUUUUGUAAACACUCCAGCAACAACAAGUAAUGACGAUAAUGAGAAAAGAGAUGGUUAUUUCCCUUCCGACCCUGAAGAUACGGAAAUGCAGGUUCAAUUGAGUGACUUUGAAGAUCAUGUAUAUCCUGAUGGCGGUUAUGGUUGGGUCGUCUUGGUCUGCUGUGUGACUUUAGCUGGAUGUACAAUGGGAUGGGGAAUGAAUUAUGGUGUUUUCCAAGAGUAUUACUCCACAAAUGUUUUUCCAGGUCAAAGUACCGCUCUCAUCCUUUUACCUGGAGCGUUGAAUGGCUUUUUCAUGAAUUGUUCAGCCUUUCUGUCAGGUAGAACAGGUGAUCGAUACGGGUUCAAACGAGUACUGUUUGCAUCUGCAUUCAUCUUCUGGCUGGGACUAUUCUUAGCUUCAUUCUCGACUAAAUUGUGGCAGCUCAUCCUGACUCAGGGAAUAAUAGCUGGCUUCGGACAAGGUCUUGCAAUGCCGCUUUUCAUGUCAUUACCUUCUCAAUGGUUCUACAAGAAAAGGGGUUUGGCGAGUGGUAUAGCCAUUGGAGGAGCUGGUAUUGGAGGUGGUACAAUCACUCUGGUAGCUAGACAAUUGUUGACCACGGUCGGUCAUAAGAAGACCCUGUUGAUUCUCUCGUUCAUCGAGCUCUUUUUCAUGCUCAUAGCUGUAGUUUUCAUCCGUACUCGACCUACAUCUCCCGAAGCAAGAAGUGGCAAGACUGCUCCUUGGGUGGAUAAGGAGGUAGUGAAGACAGGUGCAUUCUGGAGUAUUUUCUUUGGAACUAUAGUUGGAACUAUAGGUUAUGGGAUGCCAUUCAAUAUGCUGGCUCAAUACGUUAAGGUGAAAUUUCCUGAAAUUGAUCCGAUCUUAAUAGCUUUACCCGUUACACUCCUGGCAUAUAUGGUAUGUGUCGGAAGGGCAUUAGUUGGAUUCGUGGCAGAUCGAAUAGGUCCAUUGAACACAUACAUUCUGGUGUUUUUCGUUUCUGGCAUAAUUCAACUUUGUCUUUGGCUUACUGCAACUAGCUUUGGAGCGGUUUUGGCUUUUGCUAUUAUAUUCGGGUUGAUCGCACCUGGAUUUAGUGGAAUUUUACCUCAAAUUAUCGUUCAAUUAUUCGGUCCUGCAAAUUUAGCUACCAAUGUGGGAUUACUCUUACUUUCAGGAGCUCCUGGUAACUUGAUCAACGGUCCUAUUGGAGGUGGCAUUUACGACGCUACAGGAAAAACAACUUUCAAGUACACCAUCAUUUUUGGCGGUAGUAUGCAGAUCCUCGGUGGUCUCUUGGCUUCCUAUGCGAGGUACAAAACAAGUAAGAAAUUCUUAGUCAAGGUCUAA